CCACGGGUGAUCCCUUCCCUGAGGGACAGGAGAGUGACCAUGAUGGCGUGCGGGGAGUAUCACUCCGUGUGCCUGACGGAGGAAGGCGACAUGUACGCGUGGGGAAGGGGAUCCGACGGUCAGCUGGGGCUGGGGAGGAUGGAGAGCUCUCCUGUGCCAAGGUUCGUGAGCAGUCUCGGGAAGCAGAGGAUCAAGUGGGUAUCAGCUGGAUGGAACUUCACGGGGGCAGUCACUGAGGAGGGGAGGCUGUACAUGUGGGGUGACAACUCCCUGCUCCAGCUGGGACUGGGCAGGGCAGCUCCUCGCCAGCUGAGCCCGACAAGGAUCAUGUUCGAUCCGCACGAGGGAGCUGGGGAGGAGCUGGAGAUCGAGGGGGUGGCGUGCGGGUUCGGACACGCCUGCUGCUGGACGAGGGAGGGAGGAGGAUGGAGCUGGGGGUUCGGGGUGCGGGGCCAGCUCGGGCAUGGCGACCUGCUCAGUCAGAGCAUCCCUAAGUGGAUCAAGGGAGAGCUGGAGGAGGAGAGAGUGAGAAGGAUGCUGUGUGGGGGCCAGUUCACUGUGGCACUGACCGAGGGGGGGAGGGUGUACGCGUGGGGGAGCGGGAGCAAGAGGAGAAUGGGGAGCGGGAGGGAGGAGGACGUGCUGGUACCGACUCUGGUGGACUUGAAGGGAUGCGAGGCCAGGCAGGUAGCG